AUGAAGCGACCAUAUGGACUCAUCAAUGCACCCAAAGAUGACCACGCUCGCCUCCGCCGGGGACUUGCAGCCGUUUUCACCACUUCAGCCCUCAUUCAACAAGAAGUCAUUGUUCAGUCCCACGUGGACGAGCUUAUCCGUGCGUUCUCCAACGCAUGUGACCGGGCUGAGAGUGGUACUGCUGUAGUCGACAUGGGUGCCUGGGGCAACUUCUUCGCUUUCGACUCGAUUGGCUCGUUGACUUUCGGCAAACCGUUUGGAUGCCUUAGGUCUGGCGGUGUGGAAAACUUCUCAUGGGCCAGAUCUCUGCGAGAGAUUGUCACCAUGGGCACAUACGAACAAGCAGCGAGCAGGCUCGUCGGCCUACACUCAGUGCUGCAGCCGUGGAUCGUCUGGCUGCUGGCUGACAAAGGGAUCUACGCGAGUCGCACCCAGACGUAUGGGAGGACCUUCAAAGCCAUCAAUGACAGGCUUGCUCUGGGAGUAAAGGAAGACCACAAGGACUUUGUGUACCACAUCCUCAAGAACAACGAGAAUCGGCAUUUGCUGUCCGAGGCUGAGAUCCAGCUGAACCUUGCCGGCUUCAUCAUAGCAGGGGGCGAAACUGUGGGCCUUACGCUGCUUUUGUGGGCAUAUUGCAUGGGCACACAUCGAGAAGAAUAUUUCAAGCUUCGUGAUCUCAUCCGAGGAAGUUUCACCAAGGCUGAGGAUAUUCGGUGGACAGCUCUCAAAGAUAUGCCAUAUCUCGACGCCGUCAUCCGCGAGACUUUGCGUAUGCCAAUUUUUGGCACGGUCCAGCGCCUCCGAGUUGUUCCACCGGGCGGAAUGCCGAUCGAUGGAAACGAGCUACCUGGAGGCACUGUGGUCGCAGUGGCAGAAUAUGCAGCUAUGCAUUCGCCUGACAACUUCAAGGAUCCAUUUGUGUUCCGCCCAGAGCGUUGGCUCAACACCGAUCCAAAAACUAUGGACAAUCUCGGCCUUUCGAGGCCGUUCUCAUAUGGGCCCAGGGACUGCAUUGGAAAGAAUCUGGCAGGCAUUGAGGUAAGAUUGGCAAUUGCGCAAAUCAUCUGGCACUUUGACCUGGAUAUCGAACCAAUUGACAAUGGUGGACCGAACUGGUCUUGGAACAAGGAGGGCGACUUCAAGCACGUCAGGGCUGUGGCAGGGCCGAUGUUUCAUCCUCUAUGGGUGAAGCUCACAAGGGCUGUCAGGUGA